UCUCCCUCCAUCGGCAUAUAUAACCUCUACGUCCUUCACCCGUCCUACCUCGACAUUUCUCUCUUCCCUUAUACUACUACCACCACUAUCCUCCCGCCAUUCAUGAUGUUUGGUUCAGGAUCUGCUUCACCUUAUUCUUCCUUCUUCAUGUCUGGUUUCCAGCAUGCGAGCCACUCUUCUCCCGUUUCACCGUCUUCUUCCGUCGACGAGGACGAUUGGUUUAUGCCAGACUUCCGAAGGAGAGGCUCAUUACCCACCGAAGACUCCGCCAGCGUCGAGAAGCAGCUUUCUGUGACGAAACCGAAGAGCACGAGAGAGAGAAGUUGGUUGAGCUUGGAUCUUGCUUCACAACGGACUUCAUCUAUCAGGUCAAUGCCAUUGCCAAAGCCAGUUCCGUCUAUGUGCCUUCCCGCUUUACCCACGUUAUCGGAGAGAACUCCCAGUCCUGUGCCCAGCUCGGUACUGAUGCCUCUCUCUACUGAGAUUUCGCCUCGCAACAGUCAACUUCGCACCUCAUGUGCUUCUUCCGUUGCUUCAAAGGCGUCGACACGUCGCGUCUCUUUCCUUCCUAUUCCUCCUUCAUCUCCAAAAACCGCUUCUUAUGCAUCGAAACCAUCCUCAGUCGUGGUGUCUCUCAACCCCCUUGCCCGGUCAAACUCGACGGUCACCAAGAAGACCUCUUCUACCGUUUCCACCCGCUACAGACGUGCAAGGCGCACAGAUGCAUUAGCCCGUCUCGAGGGCAGGGCAUCUCAUUGGGAGGGCAGAUUUUCGUGGAGUCCCGUUGCUGCACGGAAGAACAGUGUCAAGAGGAGCUAUAACUUCAUGUCCAUGAGUGACGACGAAGCUGAUUCGGACGUGGAGGAGUCGUUCUUUGAUAUCGGAUUCGAUUUCUCUUCGUCGGAUUCCCACCACAGAAUUCACUCGUCGCCUGAUGUUCCUAUCAGUCCCACUGAUGCUGCUUCAGUUUGGACGACCUCUCCGAUUUCUCCUGCCUCCCAACAACCCCCGAUGCCCAGCGUUACUCUCAGUCGUGCUCUGACGCACAAGAGACAGCGGAGUCAUACGCUCUCUCAGUUGUUACCUGGUCUGACAAGUUUCAUUGACUUGGAUAAGGAGACCACUGAUGGCACGAGACGGGAUAACAAACGUUGGAGAGGGAGGAGUUUUAUCGAGAUUGCUAGCCUAUAAUCAUUGCAUCCCUUUUUCUUGCACUCUUAUCAUUUUCAUCCUUUUCAAUUGUACAGCACUUUCGGCUUCGUGUUCAUCAUCAACCAUCCAUGCUCAUACUUGACAAAUCACUACCAUGUAUCACCAUCCCCACGAUUUUCCCAACUUCUUGCUCCACUACUGCAUUCUCAUUUUUAAUACCCCCCACUCGCCUCCACUCCAUAAUUGAACCUGCCUCGACACACUUGCAGAAUUUCGCCACCUCCGCCUUACAUUGCGCUUUUCUUGCGCUAGAAGAAUGUUCGACAUCUUUUUCUUUCUUUCUUGGGACCCUUGACUCGUCGACUCUCGUCAAACAACCAUAUUUAUGUGUUGUACCAAAAGCUUUUCCCCCAAUUUACGCCUCGUCUACAUUAAUCCGAAUCCCUCUACUUCUUAGUUUAUGCCUAUUAUACCUAUCGUUCGUAUAUAUUACCCCUUCGUUUCUGGCGUACUUUAUAGUCUUUUCGAACCUUGCAUCACCCUCUCAUCCACUGUUGCCAUACAUCCAUCGGCCUGCCUACAGUCAUUUAUUUAACCCCCUGACCACUCGAUUGUCGUUCCGUUCCCUACCAAACACAGUUAUCCAAAAAAAAGAAAGAAGCUGGACUCUGACUAGUACUGUUGUAUGUAUGUACGAACAUACAUUUUUUUACACUCCUUUGUUUGUUUGUUUUUUUUGUCUUUUCUUGUUUCUAUAGUUGCAUUGGUUUUUUUUGUUUUUUGCCUUUUGCCUUUGUGCCAUAAUUGCGUAGUCUACGUAGUAAGAAUAGAAGAAG